AUGGAGCUGUUAGUGCUUGAUAUUCCAAAACGUCUCAACGACAACGUCGCGAGUACCAAAAGGCAUACCCAUUUGUUGCUUCGAAGGGAUGACAGACACAUUGAUACAAAAAAGGUCUGGUUUAUUCGCGCAAAAGUAAAGUUGGCAUUUCCAGUGGGCUAUGAUGAAUGCUCCAAGCUAAAAUCUGGGCUAGAGUUUACCCGCACAGCCAUACAGUUUGUUGAUAUCAGAAGCUAUUUGGUUAUGAUGAUUUUUAAUCCAAAUAUUCACUAUGAAGCCAAUGAAAUAAAAAUGACAUGCAAUUUAAAGCCAUACCCAUUUGCCAAGUCGGCAUUUAUUCAAAGCAAAGUUCAACAUGAUGUAAUUGUUCAAGCCCCUGGCAUUCGCAUUCUGAUGAUGGUUUCAAGCAAGGAUAAACAUUUUUUUAAUGCAAAUUAUCUAACAUGUGUGCAACUAAACCCUGCGCAAAUAAAUAUGAUAGCGUUUGUGCGAAAAAGUUUCUAUUAUGAAACGGGUGAAGUACCCGUGUAUUUUGAGUAA